AUGUUUAUUUCGAUUGAAAACACGCCACCUUCCUUCAAAGGCUUCACCCUCAUAAUGCCUGCCGUGUCCGUGGGCAAUGUGGGGCAGCUUGCGACCGACCUGCUCAUCUCGAGCCUCGGCAUGGCUCGCGUGGGCUACGUGCACACGGACUGCCUCAUCCCCAUGACGGGCAACAACCCGUACGCGACCUCGGCGGAAAGCGCAGCCGAGCUCUGCACCAAUGCAGAAGUGUACUCUCUGUCGGACAUCAGGCUGGCUGUGCUACAGAUACGGGCUCCAGUUGUAAAGACAAAGUCGAGAAAGUUCCGCAAGUUGAUUACCUCCUGGAUCAAGACUUGUGGUUUUGACAAGACGGUUAUCCUGUCCAGCAGUCAUGCCUAUCAGAGGGAUGACCAGCAGCUUCUUGGGACCCCACUGCGGUACCUGCUGAGCCCAGCGUUGGAGCAGGAAGUUGGAGUCCACCUGAAGGAACUUGAGUGGAAGCAGAUGGAAAGAGUGUGCGCUUUUCCUGGGAUUGAUGGCUCUGAGCAGCGCCUCUACAUUCCGGGAGGAGGAGUCACUAAAGGUCUCUACACAGACAGUUGUUCAGAGGGCAUCCGAAUGGCAGUGCUUCUGAUUUUCUGCUCUGAAGGUGACAACAUACCAGAUGCAUUUUCGCUCUUGAAUUAUCUCAACGACUGGCUCCACCUGGUGGACAAACCUACGGAGGCAUCGUCUCAGUGGAAGAUCCCUGUGUCAUGGAGGUUGCUGUUUGGUAGCGGCAUACCCCCUGCCAUCUUCUGACAAGUCCCCCACCCCGAUGGCACUUGUUACAUGUGGACGUGCAGCACUGAAGACCCACCCUCCUGGCCAGGCAGUGAACUAAUGGUUUAUAUGGUCAGCUGCAGUCCUCUGGAAACAUCUGUUUAAUUUAUAUUGUAGUCUUUUGCCACAGUACAUGUAACAGCUAGGAUCUGGAAUUUGUGCCAUGGUCAUUUUUUCCACACCAUUCACUUUCCUUAAUGUUAGUAGCUAAUUGUUACACAAUGGCAGUAUCAUCCAUACUGCUAAAGUACCUGUAGUCUAUUUUUUGUUUGAGAGUGGUGGUUUGUCUGAAAUAAAGCAG